AGUUACUUCUAGUAUUCAAAAGUUUUGACUAGACUUAAGAAGACAUUAAUUCACUCUUUACGUUCCCACAGCCAAGAAAAUCAAACCGCAUGUUAUAAUAUUAUGAUUUGUUGUAUUAAACCUUUUGUAAUCCUCUAUGCGUUUCACUAUAAAAUUUCGCUCUAACUGUUUGAUAGCCAAAAGGAUUUUUAUUUGGCAUUCGUAUCAUUUUGAUCAAUUCUAAAUUAAAUGUGCCCUUUGUAACACAUUUACAAGGGGUUGGCUUGCGAAUUUGUACCCGCGGCGCCAGGCUGCUUAAUUCCCCUCGCUCGCUUCCCGCCCUCUCCUCCGCUGCCUCGUUUGUUUACUUCCGUAUAUUUUACUGUUACAGCUGCGAGAGUAAUUUAUUACGUUCAGUUAGCUCCCGAGGAGAACGGAUUGCAUUAUCGUGGCAAUUAGGCGCAGAAAAAAUGCUUCUGCUACGCAAAUGCACCUUCGCGGUCGUCACAUUCGACUCGUUUUAAUCGCAGGUGCUACAACACAACGAGCGAGGGUGCGGCCGCAGCAACAGCCCCGGCGGCCACGAGAGAGGCGGCCGGCAGAAUGUCGGCCCUUUCGCAGCUGCAAGUGCUGCAGCAGUUUAGCAAGCAACUGGUGCGCGCCGCCUACGAGCAGGCCGUGAGCCGCGAGUGGCUGCGUAGCCUGCAACAGGCGGCCGCCGCGCUGGCCUCGGACCGCACAAAUUCAGCGGCCGAGACGCAGCCCACCCAUAAGGUGACGCGGCUCGACGAGGUGGUCAAGAAGCAGGAUGACAACUCGGUGCAGACCUACAUCCUGCCGCGCAUUUUCAGCAGCUUGGCGUACAACCUGGAGAAGGUCGAGGGCCGCGUUGAGGCCGCUGGACAGCCUGAAAUCGUGCCUGAGUGGAAGCUGAAGAGGACCAAAGAGGUUUCAAAGUUGGUGGUUGAAGCAAGGACGCGGAGUUUGCUGACCUCGAUUGCCUCAGCCGAGAGCGUCGCGUCCAAACUAAAGCGGAUUGAGGACCUCAGUGACCUCAUCAAGCAGCAUCCAGUUGCCAAGAGCUACUCAGUCAAGCAUGGAGGCAUCAACACACUUUUGCGAAUGAGAGCGCACGAGAGGAACGAACUGACAAUGCUUUCAAUCAGAGAAGCCCUUGCCAUGAUGGGCUACGUUGACCCCUUGCCUGGUAGGGGAAUUAGGAUCUUAAGCAUGGAUGGAGGUGGAACGAGAGGGGUCAUGGUGAUCCAGUUGCUGCGCAGACUGGAAGAGCUGACUGGGAAGCGGGUGUGCGAAAUGUUCGACUUCAUUUGCGGAGUGAGCACAGGUGCCAUCAUGGCGUGUCUAUACGGGCCACACAAAAGGAACCUGGAGGACUGCUCGCUGCUGUACAAGGAGAUUAGCUCGCGUAUUUUCUCCAGGAGCCCCAUCUGGGGCACCAGCAAGCUGCUGUGGAGCCACUCUUACUAUGACACCGAGCAUUGGGAGGAGCUGCUCAAAACCUACAUUGGCACCAUACCACUAAUCAAAACUGCCAGAGACCCUAGCUGUCCCAAGAUGGCAGCCGUGUCUACCGUGGUGAACCAAGCAGAAGUGAUGCCCUACAUUUUCCGCAACUAUGAGUUACCUGAGGGCGUGCCAGCCCUUUACACUGGCAGCAGCAGGCACCAACUUUGGGAAGCGCCGCGCGCCUCUGCUGCCGCUCCUUCCUACUUUGGAGAGUUCAGGACAGGUGACCUCCUGCACCAGGAUGGUGGUGUUUUGGUGAACAAUCCAACGGCCAUCGCCAUCCACGAGGCUAAAAUGCUUUGGCCCGGCGAACAGCUGCAGUGUGUUGUCUCUUUUGGCACUGGCCGCUGCCACCCUCUCGACCUGGCCAUUAAAAACGCCGCCACCAACGGCAAUGGUGAUUCAUACUCUUCUUGGAAGCAGAAAUUCACUAAAAUCCUGGAAAGUGCGACGGACACUGAAGCCGUGCACAACAUGCUGCACGAUUUGCUGCCGAACAACGUGUACUUCCGAUUCAACCCUUAUGUGAAGGAAGUGUCAAGCAUGUUCGAGAUCAGACCGGAGAAGCUAGAGGAGUUGGAGAGGGAAGCCAGUCUCUACGCCCGCAGGAACGAAGAGAAAUUCCACCAGGUGGCCGCCACCCUGACCCAGCCAAGGACCUACCUGCAGAAGGGCCAGGACUGGAUCAAGCAGCAAACAACCUUACUUACCUCAAGGAAGCCAUAGGCUUAAUAUCUCAAGUACGAGCAGUAAUUUUGCAUUUUUCUCUCCACAUUUUUGUCGAUUCUUGACUUUAUUUCAUCUGGCAUGAAAUACUGAAAGUAUUUGUACAAGAACUCUCACAAAAAGUUAAUCUUUGGAACCAACAAAAUGUCGCAACCAAGCAAAAAUGUAUUUAUGUCCCAAAUCAGUCAGAGCGUGAGUUUAUACCGUGUUUUAAAUUACGAAAAAGUAAUGUUUGGUUUAUCGUGACAAAAACGUGCAGAUGAACUCAUUGUUUUUACCCUAUUCAACUGUGCUGCAACUGUGCAUACUAGUUAUUAUUGUUCUUACACCUUACACACGAAAAGUAUUACUGUGAUAAUUUCCUUAGCGCGUUAAGUACCUUGCUUUCAGUCAUUAUGCGUAUAAAAUAAUUAAGACGCUUUUUAGUGCUAAUCAAACAAUGAAAA